AUGUAUCCGGCUGAACACUCUCCGUAUUUCUCGAAUGAAUUGUCAUCGUUCCUAACAUCGCAAUCUUUGAUAAAUUCAUUUCCCCAGUUGCACGCACAAAUAUCUCAGCCUACGUUUGAAAAUGUACCAAAGCUGACCUUCCAAGAAAUAACAACCCACUCUGUAUAUCAAGAAGAACAAAACGUAAUAACAUCAAGUAAUGAUGUUUCUCUUAUUUGUGAACAGUCGUAUGAUGCAAAUAAUGCUACCCUGAAUUUAUCACAGUCCAACACAAGACAGAAUAAAAAGUUAAACCUUAAGUCAAAGAGGAAAGUAAACAAAAAGGAUAAGUCAUAUUUCAAAUCGUCCAGUGCUUCUUCUCAAAUCGCCGAUACACACACGAAUUCAAAAAACACCGUCAGUGCUGAUUCUCCCCAGAAUUCUCUUCCUCCCGAAAGCGAAACCUUAUGCAAUGCCAAUGACGAUGAAAAAGACACAAGGACGGAUAUACAACAAAGUGAUGAGAUAGAAAAAGGUACCAAAGAUCAGUCGGAGCAGCUGACAGAUGCCGAUGAGAGUUGCCGCGGACCAGCGUGGAGAAUGUCAUGCAAAUACCCAGUGUCACCGAAUGAAGAAAUGUGCAGAAAAGUGCGGGCCAUUUUGAAUAAACUAACGCCUCAAAACUUCGACGCUUUACUGUCGCAUAUACAGGAUAUUAAGAUUGACACGGAAAACAAACUGGAAACAGUUGUCGAGAUUUUGUUUAAAAAAGCCAUUGUUGAUCCGAGAUUUAGCGAAAUCUAUGCUAAAUUCUGCCGUUCUCUCAGGAUGCUUCAAGUUAAAUGUACGACAAGACCAAACGAAUACAUCAGCUUCCGGGAAAUACUCGCCAAAAGGUGCCAAGAAGAGUUCGAAGGAAAACACGACACUGACACAUAUAAUGGCGUUGUAACCCGACGUCCUUCGGAGGGCAAUGUCCGAUUCAUCGUUGACCUCUUCAAAUUAAAGAUACUAACUGAAAACGAUAUGUAUGCGUUUGUUUCUAAACUUCUCCAGUCUAAAGACGAAGAGAAACUAGAAUACCUGUGUUGUUUGUUAAUGGCCGUCGGUAAUAAGCUCAAAUCAAAUAUAUCAGAUCCAGAUUCGAACAAGACAAUAAUACGCGAAAGAAAAAUAAUCCAGCAAUACUGCGAUCAAAUGAAAAACGGAGCUGCAAAGGGCAAUUCUUCGUCUCGGGUGUGGAUGAUGCUACAAGAGAUUCUUGAAUUUCAGGAAAACAAUCGAAUUGUGGAACCAGCGGAAGAUUCGGUCGAAAACGAGGGUCCCAUCAUGUCUACUGACAAUGGAUAUGCGGCAGCCGUAAAAAAUGGCUUCCUUAACAAAAAUGAAAAUGCUGACACAAGCAGUCGAGAUGACAACGUUCAGGGUCACCGUGCAUCCUACAGUGAGAAGAAAGCAACAAGGUAUCAGGGUCGGGAUCAGUCGGGCAAAUCAAAGCGAGAAAACAAUAAUUGGCCACGUUGGCAACAAAAAUGUCUGCUUCGCAGUUGGCGCCGAGGCAGUGCAGAUCGGCACAAAGAAAUUCAACCGCAGAUGUUAGACGAAAAGCUUUCCAUACACACACAUACACACACUCUCUCUCUCUCUCUCUCUCUCUCUCUCUCUCUCUCUCUCUCUCUCUCUCUCUCUCUCUCUCUCGUUUCUUAA